CAUCAAAGAGAGGACAGGUUUGGCUAGGCGAAUGUUAUCCAUUAUUAUUUAGCUUUAUUGAACUAAAAUGUGAUUAUUUUAAGGCAGUGCCAGCUUGAUAGCCAUCGGGACAUGGCUCUAUUGCCCGAACAAGGACAUCGACGGUGAUGUCUUGACCUCCAUUGCUUGCCUUGUACCAGAGGAGCCCAGGACAAGAUGCUGCUGAAGAUGCCCCAGAAGCUGCUGAAGACUGCCAACUACAUAGAGCUGGGCAGUUACCAGCACUGGCCGGUGCUGAUACCCCAGAGGAUAAGACUGUACACCUACGAGCAAGUCCCCCUCUUCCUCAAAGAAAACCCCUACAUUACAGAUGGCUACAGGGCUCAUCUGCCCUCCAAACUCUGCCUGAAGAGUAUUUUUAUCCUAUCUAAUGAGACGGUGAAUAUCUGGAGCCACCUGCUGGGCUUCCUCCUCUUCUUCUCUCUGGCGGUCAACGACAUCUCCACAGUACUGCCAGCCUCAGGAGCUCACAGAGAGGACUACGUCAUCUACGCUAUUGGACUGUUCUGCUUCCAGGUGUGCAUGUUGUGUUCAGUCGGGUAUCACCUGUUCUCGUGCCACCGGUCAGAGAAGACUUGCCGUCGCUGGCUUGCGUUGGACUAUGCUGGCAUCUCAGUCGGCAUCUUGGGCUGUUAUGUGCCUGGAAUCUUCUACGCUUUCUACUGCAAUGCUUUUUGGCGGCAGGUGUACCUGCUGACUGUGCUGUCGCUGAUCUUGGCAGUCUUCUGCGCCCAGAUCCACCCUCGUUACCUCAGCAACGACUGGCGGCGGCUGCGGAUGGCGAUCUUCUGCUGCGUGGCGGGCAUCAGCGUGAUCCCAGCAUGCCACUGGGUCUGGCUCAAUGGAGGAUACACCACUGAUGUAGUUAAGCUGUUCCUGCCCCGUAUUAUGGUGAUGUACUUGAUAGCUGGAUGUGCUUUCCUGUUCUACGUCACCAAAAUCCCUGAGCGCUAUUUCCCUGGCCAGAUGAACUACCUGGGUGCCAGCCACCAGUUGUGGCACAUACUGGUGGUCGUGAUGUUUUACUGGUGGCAUCAGACCGCUGUACACAUCAUGCGCUUCAGGCACAGCCAGUCCUGCCCAGCCUGGUCCAGCAGCAAGUGAAAACAGAUCAAAUCAUUUAAAAGGCAAUCGGUUAUAGACUAGUAUUCAACUAAACUCACCACAUUAACACUGAAAACCUUCUCUCCAGUUAGCUGCUGGUUAGAAGCAGCUACCUGAUGGUUGGUCAACCACUAAAUAACAAAGGCUCCUGACUAUUAGCUUAUUAGCUGCUUGUGCCUUGGCCAGCUGUUAAAGGCCAGUAUCUUUUCUUAAAAGUCUACUUUAUUCAACAGUAGAUAGCAGCUAACAGUGACCAGGAGCUACUGUGAAUUUUAAAUUCUCUGAACAAAAGGGCAGUAGACCAGAGCCUGUAUUAUAUAUUGUACUUUACUAUACUGUAUUGUAUAGUUCAUAGUUUGACUGCUGGCUAGUAGUCAGAAGAUCUACCAUAUGAUAAGAUCAGUCUUCAGGGACUGAUCUGAUGUCAAAACAUAAGGUGUGUAGCCUUUCAUGUUGCACCACGACCAUUAAAUCAACGCAUGAAACAGGAAUUUUAAUUUACUUGUAGAAACAGACUAGUCUUUGGUGUUUUUAAAUGAUAAUCACUUCAUCUUAUGGCUGAUUCAGAGACUUUUUUUGUACAGAGGUUUUGAAGAAAUUAUCCAUGAUUCUUUUUAAUCAAACAUAGCCACUGUGAUCAACGCCUUUUUUAACCUUUAGUUUAGAUUCAACUGUCGGUUUUCUACAAGACAAGAAAAAUAUCUUGAUCCAUGUCAGAAAGCACAGAAAAAAUAAUGAUGGUAUCACAGGAAGAAAUGGAAAUUCAACAUUUGGAUGCUGUGAAUUGCUAGUCUCGGUAAAAUGGCAUGUGCCGCUGCCUCAGAUAUUCAAAUAUUUUGAACAAAAAAAAAAAAAUUGGUAAAACUUGAUCAAUGAGCAAUCUGAAAUAUUAAAUGAGGUGGGGAACUGAAAAAGGAAACAAUGUGGGAACUAUAUUUAAUCUCAGUGCAUUGGUUUCUUAGAUUUAUUUGAUUUGUCUUGUGUGUCAUUUUUUUGUCUUUGGAACAAAGUCGGUUUUUGAAAAAAUACUUUGACAACUCUUUGCAAUGGACUUAGCCAGUAUGUUAAAGCUUCACUGGGCCCAGAUCACAGAGCAACGAUCAAAAUGUUGUACAAUCACUGUCAUAUUUCAUCAUCUGUCCCAUAUCUGUCUGCAAAGGGUUUGGGGCCACUACUAGUAGUUUACUGACGGUUCUGUGAAAACACGACAGUAUUGAGGGGUUUACAAAAAUACAAAUAAUGCUGUGUUUUUUAAGGGUUAGCAACAACUCACUUGCCACACAGCACUUCAGGAGAAUGAAAAAUUUGAACCCAUGGAAUUAGAGGUCCUAGUGGAAGAGGUUAACAAAAAUAUUGAUAUAAAUACCUUCCCUUCAAACAUAUUAUUUAUAGAUGCCCCAUAUUGCAUGUUCAUUAUGGCAAACGUACUAAAUGGACAGCUCGUAUUAUCUUGCACAUUUGAAAGACGCAAGCCUCAAUGCUCCCCGUUAGUUGAUCAGCUUGCACAUUUUUUGCAGGUGAUGUCAAGUUUGCACACGUUUUUACACACGCAAACCUUUAGUAAAUCAGGCCCUUUGUUUCUUAAAACAGUCUGAGUAGAUAUUACUCCAAACUAUGUGCAUGGUUAAAUAUCACUACUUAUAUGAGUUGUUUUUUUUGGGUGAACUGACCCUUGUUAGGUUGUGGUGAUGGGUCAGAUAUGUAUAUCAACUCCAGGGGUCAUCAGUUAUCAGCAGAGGGGAUUGUCAGUUGUUACCCCUGUGGUCCUUCUUAGGUCAGUUUUAAGUGUUUCAGGUAUAUUUUAACAGUUCUUUUCCCCUCGUUUACGUUGGGAGAGUUGCACAUUUAAAUUUUUGGUAUUAUGCGUUUUACAUAAAUCAUGUUUGUACUUCAUUUGCCUUAUAAUCCUUGAGUAUUUGUACUGUAUUCACACUUACUGUUACAGUCCACUUUUGGUCAAGAGGUAAACAUAACCUGAACAAAAUGAUUCAAUGUCACUGUCACACCACUAGGCCAGUAUGUUUGUUCUAUGUUUGUUUUAUAGUUCAGUUUAGUAUUUAGAAAAACUUACACAUUAAAGUUGAGAGCAUUUAUUGCUGCAGGCUGUAAAGCUGGAGAAUGCACUGUACAGGUGCUAAAAGAAGUGUUUUUCUGCUGCCUUUUUGAGUUUGUGUUUUUAUUUUUGAACAUGAACCCUCAGAUUAUCAUGAACUGCUUGAUCCUUUUUUUUUUUAAUGAUCUUGUGAUUGUUUUAUCCUGUGUGUUUGCUUUUUUUUUCUUGAAUAUCAUUUGUAUGAAAAAGCACUGGCGCUGACUUACGAGAUGUAUAUUUAUUUCAGUGCCUCUGCAAAUAUAUUUUUAAACAUUUUGAAUGAAUAAAGAAUGCGG